AUGAGGCAGCUUCUCGCAACCGCAUUUGAGUCUUUUGACUCAAUCCGGCGCACACGCACACAAUGGCUUGUAAAUCGCAGCAAUCGCGUUUGCGACCUCUAUCACCAACAGGAGUGGGGUGGUCCGAUGCGUCAAGUCAAAGCGGAGACUUGUUUUGAAGGAAUCCGGGAUCGGUCGUACAAGAUUUGGCAUUUUGAUGUCGAGGAUAUGGUCGGCCAGAGUAAGAGGGCGUUUGAAAUGAAGGUUUUUUGA